AUGCGUUUUACCAAACCAGCUGCAGUGGCAGCAUUCGUUCCCUUUGCUUCUCAUCUAGUAGAUGCGGCACCUCGUAAAUUAGAAAUUUCCACUCUAGGCGGCGCGGCCUUUCGAAUCGAGCAGGCUCCCAAUCCCGACUUUUACUAUGGAAACAGGCGAGGGCCCAUCGCACUGGCUAGAGCUUAUUCCAAGUUCGGGCAGCAGAUACCCGACGAUCUUCUAGGGCUCGUCGAUCAAAUCCUCGGAGAGCUUGGGUUGCUGAACGGAGGCAAAGGCAAUGGCGGUCGUAAAGGGGGUAAGGGUGGCGGCAAAGGAAAGGGUAAGGGAGGGAAAGGAGGCAAUGCUGGUGCUGGUGGAUCCAAGGGCAAUGGCACAACCACUACUCCCGGAGGCGGAGGUAAUAAAGGCAAUGGCACGAAGACACCUCCAGGUGCUUACAGUCCUGAAGGAGAGGUUGCGGCGAUUCCCGCCGAGUUCGACAGCCAGUAUCUCUGCCCUGUCCAGAUCGGCACUCCGCCCCAGACUAUCCCGCUCAACUUCGAUACCGGGUCCUCGGAUCUAUGGGUCUUCAGUAGCGAGACACCCAUAACCCAAGUCGCGGGGCAGACAGUGUACAACAUUAACGCCAGUACAAGUGCCAAAGUCCUCCAGGGUGCUUCUUGGUCGAUCUCCUAUGGCGACGGUAGCUCGUCCCAAGGUAAUGUUUUCAUGGACACUGUCACGAUCGGCGGCGUGACUGUAGAGAGCCAAGCAGUCGAGUCUGCUACUCAAGUGUCUUCGUCAUUUUCUCGAAAUAAGAACCAGUCUGGUCUUGUCGGACUGGCCUUUGGCAACAUCAACACUGUCAAGCCUGCCAAGCAGAAAACCUUUUUCGAGAAUGCAAUGACCAAUCUCGCCAUGCCACUGUUCACAGCAAAUCUCAAGAAGGCAGCUGCCGGCAACUACAACUUUGGCUUCCUCGACUCGACAGAGUACACGGGCGACAUCACCUUCGUCCCUGCCAACACGACGCAAGGCUUCUGGCAAUUCACAGCCCAAGGCUUCUCCGUCGGCUCCAACGGCAGCGCGCCCACCUCGGCCCCCCACGCCGCCAUCGCGGACACGGGCACGACGCUCAUGCUGCUGCCCGACGCCAUCGUCUCAGCGUACUACCAACGCAUCGCGAGCGCAAAGUACGACGCGACCAACGGAGGCUUCGUCUUCAACUGCAAGGACACGAUCCCGUCUUUCACGGUUGACAUGGGUAAGUACCAGGCCGUCGUCCCGGGCGACUUUAUGAAGUUUGCUCCCGUCGACGGGCAGACGGUUGAGACUUCGACGACGUGCUUUGGGGGUAUACAGAGCUCUGCGGCUUUGCCCUUUGCGAUUUACGGGGACGUUUUUCUAAAGUCGCAGUUUGUGGUGUUUCAUGGCGGGAAUAAGGAGUUGGGGUUCGCGACUAAGCCCCUUUAA